CUUCCGUAUAACAGGUCACGUGGUCUGAUAUUUGUAGUUUUUUUCCCCCCCUGUGUCUAAAGCGACGUUGGGAGCUAUUCGUAAAAUGGAAACAUACUAUGCAGAACAAGCUUCAACAUAGAAAGAGCAAAUUCCUGCGCUUCAGCUCCAAGCCCCGCUGCAGAGAGGAUGUUCCCCAGCCUGGCCCACAGACCAUGGCAUGUGUUUUGCAGAGUGUCCCUGCAGCGCAGGUCCUCACUGCACCACUGGGCUCCUAGGUUUCCUCCAGGUUGGCAGGGUCGCGGCGUACGCAGCCUACGGUUCAGCCUUCCAGACUCACGUUUGGCCUCUUUGGGGCCGACCCAGGUGCAGUAUUACUCUACCUCUGGUGAUGGUAAAGAUGUUCCUCCAAAAUCAGAAUCAGCUGAUGCCCCCUCAGCAGAAACCGUGGCAUCUGGUGCAGCAAAAGCCCCCCCUAAUUCAACAGAUAAAGCAUCUCAAGUGCUGACGAAAGCUGAGACAAUUCAAGUUAAAGUUCGAGCUGUCCUUAAGAAAAGAGAGUAUGGAGCCAAAUACACUCAAAACAACUUCAUCACUGCUGUCAGAGCCAUGAAUGAGUUCUGUCUCAAACCAAGUGAUCUGGAGCAGCUCAGGAAGAUCAGGAGGCGCAGCCCCCAUGAUGACACAGAGGCGUUUACUGUGUUUUUGCGGUCAGACGUGGAGGCCAAAGCUCUAGAUGUGUGGGGAAGCCAUGAAGCUUUAGCCAGAGAGAGGAAUCUCAGGAAAGAGGUGGAGAGAGAGUUUCAAGAGAAUAUUUUCCGCAAUCAGCAGCUAUUGAAGGAAUACAAAGACUUCUGGGGAAACACUAAGCCACGGUCCGGUAAGAGGGCAACAUUUCUACAAGGUCCAGGGAAGGUGGUAAUGGUGGCCAUCUGCAUCAAUGGUUUGAACUUCUUCUUCAAGCUUCUGGCAUGGGUCUACACCGGAUCAGCCAGUAUGUUUUCAGAGGCCAUCCACUCUCUGGCCGACACCUGUAACCAGGCUCUGCUCGCUCUGGGAAUCAGCCAGUCUGUCCGCAACCCGGAUGCUGUUCAUCCGUACGGCUUUUCAAACAUGCGCUACAUCGCCUCCCUCAUCAGUGGAGUGGGCAUUUUUAUGAUGGGAGCAGGCCUCUCUUGGUACCACGGCAUUAUGGGUUUACUGCAUCCAGAACCGAUGGAGUCUUUGCUCUGGGCAUACUGUAUUUUGGCAGGCUCUCUGGUGUCUGAAGGAGCCACCUUACUAGUUGCAAUUAACGAGAUAAAGAAGAGUGCCAAGCAGCAUGGAAUGUCUUUUUAUGAAUAUGUUAUGCAGAGUCGUGACCCCAGCACCAAUGUGGUGCUGCUGGAAGAUGCUGCUGCCGUGUUGGGGGUCAUCAUGGCUGCUAGCUGUAUGGGACUCACCUCACUCACAGGUAACCCGUACUAUGACAGUCUGGGCUCUCUGGGCGUGGGCACCUUGCUGGGCGCGGUCUCGGCCUUCCUGAUCUACACCAACACCGAGGCCCUGCUGGGGCGCUCCAUACAGGCAGAGCAUUUGCAGAAGCUCACAGAGUUCCUAGAAAACGACCCAGCUGUAAGGGCCAUCCAUGAUGUGAAGGCCACAGAUAUGGGACUGAGUAAAGUGCGCUUCAAGGCUGAGGUUGACUUCGAUGGGCGGGUGGUGACACGGUCUUAUUUGGAAAAACAAGACAUUGACCAAAUCCUCAAUGAAAUCCAGCAGGUCAAAACACCUGAAGAGCUGGAGAACUUCAUGCUGAAGCACGGCGAGAACAUCAUAGACACCUUAGGGGCAGAGGUGGAUCGCUUAGAGAAAGAACUCAAGCAACGUAACCCAGAGGUUCGCCACGUAGACUUGGAGAUACUAUAGUGCCUCAGAUUCUGCUGAGGAAAUGUCCUGCCGCACAAAGAACAUUAGAGGAAGGAAUAGAGAAAGCAGCCCCACCAACCAUGAUCAUCUCCACCUCUAAUGAACCUGAAGUCUUACUCCAGAUCAGCCCUGAAGCACAAAGGCAGCGUUUGAACUUGAAAGUGUUGGAGAUGCUCAGUUUGAAUCUAACCACGAAUCCUUCCAUCCAUCAUUCCUCAGUGUUUGUGUCUGGAUUUUCCAAAGGUCCAAACUCAGAACAGGAUCAGUGUCAGCUACCAAACCUGUACAUGAAGCUUACGUGUGAACAGUGAUUGUGUUUCCUACACAGGUAAAAGGAAACUGGAGCUCUACAUAUUUAAUUCAAAGGUAUUUAAAGACUAGUUCAUGUUAGAUGGUGUUUUCUUUUAAUAUAAAACCUUCCUGAAGAUGGCUCUGUAAGGAUGCUGAGAUUUUAUUGCUUGAAGAUGUAUUCAGAUUAAAUUGAUGUAAAGCACAUCAUUUGAUUUCUAGUGGAUGUGUAAAAAUGAAUGCAAAGGAGGGAAAAAUCAAACUUGAUUUAUCAUGUCUUUUAUUAAAGUAAAAGAAAAAUGUGAUAGAGAAGAGAAAAUUGAAGUUUAAGGCGAUAUGAUCCCCUGAAAUUUUUCUCCAGAUUGCUUUUUUUUUUGCUACCCACAGUCACCUUAUCAGCAGGUGAUCAGUUCUGAAAAGAUAAACUCCUGAACAAGGAUAGAAGGGUUUCAUCCCCACAUUUUUUUUCUUUAACAAAAACUUUUUUUCCCAGAUUUCACUAAAUGCAGGCUUCCUACCUUUUUCCCUGAUAAAAUACAUGCCUGCUAAUGGCAUGUGUUUUAUCAGUUAAAUAUGUAGCAGGUAACAUCCCUUACCAAACUCCGUAUUUCUACUGAUUAAUCUAAAAAAUGUUCAACUUCUUUGAUUUUCUUCUUUUCUUUUAACUCUGCGUUAGCACCUAGCUAGCUGCAGCUGAGACACACCUGCAAUGGCCCAGUGCUGCUUCAGGAGGUGGGCCGGAGUCAUAAGGCUGGUCAUGGAUGACGGGUUUAUAGAUAUUUUGGAUGGUUUCAAUAGUUAUUUUACUGAUAUUGUCACUGCUGAAGGACUUGGAAUAAAUUCAGAAUAAUUUAUU